AGUGGUGUGAAGGUGACGCUGGCGUGCGCCUGCUGAAACCAAAUCGACAGGUGCGAAGUCCACCGACAGCAGCAGUCGAGCCUCACCACCGUCCUCACUGGAGACUCUUUUUGCAAGCAAGUUUCAUAUUUAGCCUAACCAUAAAUGGAGAUUCCAGUAUUCACGCUAGAUGCAUUCACUAAUCUAUCUUUCAAGGGAAACCCGGCAGCAGUUUGUCCACUUGAGCAUGAGCUGAGUGGUGACUUGUAUCAGAAGAUAGCAGCAGAGAUGAACCUGUCAGAAACAGCUUUCAUCACCAGGAUAAAUCCAUCUGACGAUUUCACUACAGGAUCGAGGUUCCACCUUCGGUGGUUUACACCAACCACUGAAGUGAAUCUGUGUGGUCAUGCCACUUUGGCCUCUGCAGCAGUGCUGUUCGAGCAGAAGAAGAAUGUGAAUCCCAUGCUUGUGUUUGAGACCAGAAGUGGAGAUCUGGCAGUCACCAAGCAGGGGGAAGGGUACGUCAUGGACUUUCCUCUCAACCCACCCACCAAGGAGGAUCCCAAUGCAUUCAGAGACAUCAUCAAGGCUGCAGCGGGAAACCACCCAGUCCAGGAUGUCUAUCUGAGCUCCAGCACCAAGAAACUGCUGGUUCGUCUGGCUGACAGCUGUGACAGGUCAGUGCUAACCAGUCUCAAAGUUGAUCCUGCUGUUCUUCAGAGCAGUGAGACGAGUGGAAGAGUCAAAGGACUCAUCCUCACCAUGAAAGGCUCUCCUGAAUGCCAGCCAGGAUAUGACUUCUACUCCAGAUACUUUGCUCCGUGGAAUGGCAUCCCUGAGGAUCCUGUCACCGGCUCCGCCCAUACUGUUCUGGGUAGCUACUGGUCUAAGAAACUAGGAAAGAAGAAAAUGCUGGCUUACCAGUGCUCCAGUCGAGGUGGAGAGCUGGAGCUAGAAGUGAGGGAUGAUGGAAGAAUCAACAUAAGUGGACAGACCGUCACUCUCCUGCAGGGAACAAUCACUCUGUAGCCAUACACAUGCAAACACAGGUGGGAUUCGGGGGUCAUUAUGUACCUGACCAGCACACACAGACUUUCUGUCACUUGACAAAAAAUUUAGAUGAUUUAAAUAAAAAAAAAAAAAAAAAAAAGAGAAAACAGACCAUUGUCCAGUGGUGAAAUCACGAGAAGAUGCUCCAGGAUGGAAAGAACAUCUCACACUGUUAGGGUUUGUAUUAUUUAUUCACAUCACACAUGUGCACAAAAAUUACAAUAUUAAAUUAAAAACAUGUUGGAAGUAUAACAGCUUAACUGUAGCAUCACAAGGCCUGAGUGUUAUCCAGCAUGCUGUGAUCAGCAUAAAUCAAACAUCAGUUAAAUCAUCACAGUUUAUUAGAAUUAGGUUACAUUGGAAGAAAUGGUCUGAGUGGUACACAGAACUCUUCCUGUUUGGUGUCUGUAUUCACAUUGCUAACGAUCAGGGCUGCACAUAACUGGUACGCAGGUACGCAUGCGCGACA